AUGACCACUCUGGCAUCGCACCGGUCUGGCCGCAGCUCCGAGAGCUCGGUGGACGUCGUCGCAGCCGAGAAGGAGAAGCUAUCGACCGUCCAGCUGUCGCAAGCGAACCUCGACGCCUUACCCGAUCUGCGCAACUCGGCGUCACCGAAACGGUGGAAGACCUUCUGGAAAUCGUUCCGGUACCUGCAGCACCUGACGUCGAAACAGGUCGACGACUUCAUGGCCUCAUAUAUCAUCUAUAACCUGGACUGGUCGGACGAGAAGCAGAUGGUCGAGACGCUGGGCGAAGACUACCAGCGCAAAGUGGGCGACUGCCUGCAGGCGUACUAUGGAGUGCUCAACCAUCUCUGCGCGCUCGGUGACGUGGAGAAGAUGUACAUCCCGCCAUUCAUGAGCAGCAAGGCCACCGUCCGCGAGAACCAGCUGCUGUACGAGGAGUCAAUAGCGCACGAUAUCGGGCUCAAGCCGGGCGACCGCGUGCUGGAUCUGGGAUGCGGCCGUGGCCGCGUCGCCGCGCACAUGUCGCAGUACUCGGGCGCGCAGGUGACGGGGCUCAAUAUCGACCCUAACCAGGUCGCUCAGGCCCGCUCAUUUAAUACGCGGCUCGGGUUCGAGUCGAAUUCGUUCAUUGUCCAGGAUUUCAACAGCUUGCCGCUCCCGUUCGCCGACGACAGCUUUGAUGCUUUCUAUCAGAUUCAGGCGCUCAGUCUGUGCAAAGACCUGCCGGCGCUCUUCCGCGAGAUCUACCGCGUCGUCAAGCCGGGCGCGCGCAUCUCUCUCCUCGACUGGGUCAGCUUGCCCGACUAUGACCCAUCCAAUGCCGAGCACGCCGAGCUCAUGCGCCGCGUCAAGCCGUUGAUCGGCGCCGUCGGCACGCCAACCCCGGAGAUCUUGGAGAAUGCGCUAAUGGAGGCCGGGUUUACGGUCCUGAGGUCAGACAACGCGAGCGUGGGCGGCCUGCAGGCGCCAUUGAUCGACAAGGUCGACCUGUACUUCCGAUCGAUGCGCCAGCUCAUUCUGGGCCUAGUCAAGGCGCAUAUGCUUCCGCGCCACUUCAAGACUUUGAUCAACCGAUUGUGUCUGGACGGCCAGGCGUUCGUCAAGAUGGACAAGAUGCGGCUCGUCACGACGAGCUACCGCAUCAUCGCUCAGAAGCAGGCGUGAUCUCGGUCCACCGGCUGGUGGAUUGUCCGUCUCGAACUCGUUGGAUGGUUUUCGUAUCGCACGUAUGCAUGCACGGUAUCUUACCUUCUCUCGUUGGCGUUAAGGGGGCAAAAAGGUUGUUUUCUGCACAUAUCAGUGGCUGCACAAUUUCUGGAGCUGUUCCGAUCAUGGAGUUUUCUCAUUGGCAUUUUUCUUUUCUUUUUUUUCCCGUUAAAUUGUUCAGGAUACCCGGUUGGAGU